AUGUUACGGCAAAUGGUAUUCAGUAAUUUUAUCCAGUUUAAAGAUUUUCAAAGCUUAUCAUUCAAAGAUGGUCCACACUUUUUCAUUGGUGCCAAUUCUUCUGGAAAGUCUAGUACAUUAGAAAUACUCCGAAGAUGCAUGUCAACUGAUAUCAACUCUACAAUGUCAUCCUCAUAUGACGAAACUAAAAAUGCAUACGCAUUUUGUAAGUUCGAAAUCCCUCGUUGUACCAAUUUAGAAAUCUUUAAAAACAUAUCUACCAUAUGGUCAGGCGUUGUUAAGAGAACAAAUAAGACCUUCUUAAAAAUUGUCUGGCUAAGAAAUAGCAUGCUGUCUACAUCCACACUGGUUCAGGUCGUUGAUUACAUCAUCGAUGAAAAUGGCGAAUUUACAGUAAAAAGACAAAAGGUAGUGAAUGCUGAUCAAUCGAUCGGAGAAGAACAAUUAAGUAGAACGAUGAACAAACUUGUGUCCAUUACACCACAAAGAGACCAGACGAAUUCACAACUUAACACACAGAAGGAUGAUCAUCUUGAACUUGCUCUUGACUUGGUUGACAAAAUGUCGCUUAUAACUGACGAGGAACUGCAAGCGAAUUGGACAUCGAAUAUCGAUGAUUUCAAAAUGAAGUUAGAAGAUAUGCAAUUCAUUAAAAAAUUAGAAUCAACAUACGUUGCGACAAUGCCUAUGCGAGCAAUUGGUACAUUACAAUGGACAAGAAGUACAAAAAUUGAUAAAAAAGAAAAGAACUAUCAAGAAGCGUGUGAAAGAGCCGAAAUUAUAAAUGAACUCAGAACAUCAGAUGACGUUGAUCAACCGGAAGCGGAACGUAUAUUUAAAUUUCUCACUGAUCCAUUUGAAUAUGAAUUUUUUACGGAUCCACAAAAGCCAGGACUAAUGUUAGUAAAAGAAACGAAUACAGCUGAAUUUCCACUUCUGAAGACACCAGAAGGUGUUUUCGAAGCUAAACAGUUCUCAUUACUGAUGGCACAUAAAGUUUUCCACACAAUUUGUCUUGAAGAACCCGACCGAUGCAUGCAUCCGCAGAUGGUAGAAAGGAUGCGAGAUAUCUUUCAAAGAGAGAGUUUACAUAAGAACAAAAUGGUGAUUGUAGUAUCUCACAAUCCUUUCCUGAUCAACAGCAUUACUGCAGAAAAAACUCAUGUAUUCUUCCGAAAAGUUGAACAAAUGUCAUCUAAAGUUUCCUGUGAUAUCCGGGCAAUCGACGACAUAAACAGGCACAUAACAGAUGUUGAUAAUCUAAAGAAAUUAAUUUUUGCUGCCAAAGUACUUUGUUUGGAAGGAAAAACAGAUAAAAUUAUAAUCGAAGGCCUCUUUGAACAUCACUUUAAAUAUUCAGAUGACGAUGACAAUAUUAGACGUGACAUUCACAGUCAUCAACUGGUAGUUCUUGGUUCUAAAACAUUCGAUUCUGAAGUUGAAAAGUUUUGUGAACAGACCAGUUUGCCGGCAAAAUGGAUUUUUGAUCGUGACAAAUACAUUACAUUAGACAAAACCAAAAAAAAGAUAGCGAAAAUUGACACAAAAAUAGAUCCUAAAGGAAACUACUCACAAUUUAAAGAUAACACGAUUGAAGAAUUUUUACAAGAUCAAAAUGGAUUCCAGAAAUUGUCUAAAGAAUUAUACAACAAAGGAUUAUUUCUUUGGAAAUCGGGGGAUUUAGAAGACACCAUCAUAUAUUCUUUAAAUUCCGCCCAACAGAAGGAAAUAUUAAGUAUGACAGCACCAGACCUGACUGGAAAGACACCUGAAGAAGCACUUAAAGCGACAGAGACAUUUAAGGAGAAAAUCAAACGUAGAAUAUCUCAUAUUGAUAGAGACAAAUUAAGAGUAUUGAUAACUUAUAUGUCUCAAUCGAGCGAAGUGAAACGAUUCUUUGAUUUUUUGCGAAGGAGAUAAAAGGAUGCUUGGAAACUUUUCUCGUUAAAUCACCAGACAGUUGAAAUAAGGUUUCUUGAAGUAAAUCAAUUAAAAAAAUGUAGAUAUAUUUUUGUUAACAAUUGACACG